CAGCGUGUGGAAAGCAGCGCUGGCAGGAGAAAAGGCAGAUAAUGCGUGAGGAGCGUUCACGCUGCCUUUCCCGCUCUAUCGUCCCCGCGUUCACGCAGACGGUUGACUCAGCUCGUUUCAUCGAGAGGAUGAAGCGGGGUAAAAGUACAAGUUGUUUGGCAACUGCUUCCCUUUCUGGCUUUUAGCUCCAAGGCCUACCGUCGGAGACGGCAAGGACUGUUGCGCAGACUCUGGCGAAGGGAAACCGCCCUCCCAACCGACAGACCGCUAAUAGCGGCAAUUAACCAUCGCACCCGUCACCUCUGGAAUCACACCAUGCCAAACUACAAACUCAUUUAUUUUAAUAUGAGGGGGAGAGCUGAAAUAAUUCGUUACAUAUUUGCUUAUUUGGACAUAAAAUAUGAAGACCACAGAAUAGAACAAGCUGAUUGGCCUGAAGUCAAAUCAACUCUUCCAUUUGGUAAAAUCCCCAUUUUGGAAGUCGAUGGACUUAAACUUCACCAGAGCCUAGCAAUAGCAAGAUACCUGACCAAAAACACAGAUUUGGCUGGAAACACAGAAUUGGAACAAUGUCAAGUUGAUGCGAUUGUGGACACACUGGACGAUUUCAUGUCACGUUUUCCUUGGGCAGAGAAAAAACAGGAUAUAAAAAAUCAGAUGUUUAAUGAGCUAAUUGCAUAUGAUGGACCUCAUCUGUUGCAAGAUUUGGACACAUACUUAGGGGAAAAGGAGUGGCUUGUUGGUAACUCUGUAACUUGGGCAGAUUUCUACUGGGAAAUUUGCAGUACCACACUUUUGGUCUUUAAACCUCACUUGCUGGACAUCCAUCCCAGGUUGGUAACAUUGCGGAAGAAAGUUCAAGCCAUUCCUGCCAUCGCUGACUGGAUCCAACGAAGGCCCCAAACCAAACUCUAGGUAAUACGAGCUGCCUGUACGCUUUGUUCUUCACAGCAUGGCUUCCAUCAGAUAAGACGCUACACCAGCCUGCCACGUUAAAUCUACACAGUCCCCCCCCCAGCUCGACCACGUCUUUCACUUUUGCCAUAUUCUGCUUUAAAAAAAAAAAGGAAAAAAGAGGUUUGGGAAAAAGCACUUAGUUUCAAGUAUCCUUUUUGCCCCACCCCCCUUUCCCUUAGAAUAAUUUCACAUCAUUUACAACUGAGGAAAAGGUUUACAAUACAGGCAGGGCUCACGUUUCAUGGGUUUCGAUAUGCAUGGAUUUCAGUCACAAUGGUUAAAGAACAUAUACAUUUCCCCCCAGAAUGGUUUGGAGUUAAGCUGUACUUGCAUAAAGUAUUAACGUUGCUGCUAGCUCUGUGGUCCCCAAAUCACUAUGUAUAACAGACGCACUUCAUGACCAGUGACCAAUCACAUCACUUCUUUCGAAGUCUGUUAGCGCUUGGUCACAGCAGCGUGUAGCUGCAUUGCCUGCUUGUUUCUCAGUGAUAAGCCCACUCAGAAAUUUUUAAAAAGUGGAUAACUGAAAAAGGGAAUUCAUCAACAAAGAUGAAAGUACAAUAAAGAAAUGAAAAGUGACCAUGCUGGAGCCAAAUUCAAAUUGCACAUAAAUAGGAAAAGCUGACUAAGAGAACAUUUACAUGGCUGCAGUCCAAGGGGCUCCAGAGAUGUAGCUGCAAGAACCCAGCAAAUAUUGACGGAAAUGAGGAAAAUGGCUGUGACAAACAUGAAGAUCCAGACGAAGUGAGACUGGCAAAGAGCUUCACAUUAAAAGAACAGAGAUCAAAAGAAAGAGAAGCCAAGCCACAGACUGGGAGAAAAUAAUUUGCAAAAGGCCUAUCUGAUACAGGACUAUACCCAAAAUACACAAUGAAUUCUUAAAAUCCAACAAAAUGAACCCAAUUACAAAAUGGACCAAAGAACAGGACACUUCAUCAAAGAUAUACACAUGGUAAAUAAACAUAUAAAAAAAAUCCUCAACAUCAUAUGUAACCAGGGAAAUGCAAAUAAAAACAAGAUACCAUUAAAUACCUAUCAGAAUGGCAAAAUUUCAAAACAACGACACCACCAAAUGCUGGUAAGGAUGUGAAACAAAAUGAACUUUUAUUCACUGCUGAUAGGAAUGGGAGAUAAUAAAGACGGGAGAGAGUUUGGCAGUUUCUUACAAAACAAAACCCACUCUUACCAUAUUAUCCAGCAAUUAUGCUCUUUGGUACUUACCCAAAUAAGUUGAGAACUUAGAUCCACACAAAAACCUGCGCAUGGAUGUUUGUGGCAACUUUACUGGUAAUUGCCAAAACUUGGAAGUUGCCCUUUUACAGUGAGUGGUUAAGCAAACUGUGGUACAUCCCAACAAGGGAUAAUUAUUUAGCACUAAAAAGAAAUGGGCUAUCAAGCCAUGAAAAGACAUGGAGGAAACUUAAAUUCAGAUUACUAAGUAAAAGAAGUCAAUCUGAAAAGGCUGUAAACUGUAUGGUUUCAGCUACAGAACAUUCUGGAAAAGGCAAAACUAUGGAGACAGUAAGACGACCAGUGGCUGCGAGGGGCAAAGGGGGAAGGGAGGGUUGAACAGGUUGAGUAUAGAGAAUUUUUAGGCAGUAAAACUAUUCUGUAUACGAUGAUGGAUUUGUUAAACCCAUAGAAUAUACAAGACAAAGAGCAAACCCUAACGCAAACUACAGACUUAGGGUGAUAAUGAUGUGUCAAUGUAGAUUCACUGAUUGUAACAAAUGUACCACUCUGGAAUAGGGGUGCUGAUAGUGGGGAUGGGUGUACUUGUGUGGUGGCAGAGGUAUAUGGGAAUUCUUUACUUUCUGCUCCAUUUUGCUGUGAACCUAAAACAACCCUAAAAAAUAAAGUUUAAUACAAAAGAAAAAAGCAGGGACAUUUCAUGACACUGGAAAUACAAUAAAAUGUUGGAAGGUGAUCCAAACUUAGAAUUAUGUUAAUUUGCCAAGGUAUAAAAAGAAUGCUCACUUGCAAUUACACACGAAGGUAUUAUUAAAACUAUUCUUAAUACAUUUUUUUUUACCAAAGUAAUACACUUUUAUCAGUUUCUUUUACUACUAAAAUUAGUUUUACUUUUUUCAUUUACCUAUAACAUUUAUAACCAACAAUGUUUUUAAUGUGUUGAGAAAACAACUUAAAAAGUCAUAGAACGUUUUCUCCAAUGACUAAGAUUAUAUUGCACAAUUUCAACCUGCAGUCAUUUCUGUGGUCCCACACUACCAUGAAAAGCAGAACUGCCCAUACAAACAAGCCAUUUAAAUAGAAAUCUUCCAAGUAACUACAGAUUAUCCCUCAAUCCAUUUUAUUUUAUUUUAUUAAAAGAUUUUGUUUAUU